AUGGUCGUCGCCGCUGGCGCGCUCGUCAUGUUCACGACCUGCGCCUUUGUAUUCACCUUUGGUGUCUACCAGUCGCUCUAUGAAGAGAUGGCCAAAGAAAACAACACCCCGUUUACAGGGGCAUCAACCGCGCGAAUUGGGCUGAUCGGAACACUCGCCAUCGCUCUGAUGUCCAUGGGAGGGCCUUUCGCGAUGCUUUGGGCAAAGCUAUACCCUCCGCAGGUUGUCAUCAUCGCGGGUGGGUGGAUCUGUGGUAUUGCGCUCAUUCUGGCCAGUUUUGGAAAGCAGCUAUGGCACUUUACACUCACACAAGGCGUUCUUCUCGGCAUCGGAACCUGUCUUUCCUACGUCCCGACUAUGUCUGUCGCACCGACAUGGUUUGACAAACGCCGUGGCCUCGCCAUGGGAGUCAUAAUCUCUGGGACUGGCGUCGGAGGCAUGAUCUGGCCGCCAGCGCUGCGUGCGAUGAUCACGCAUUUGGGAUUCCGCGACGCCCUUCGCAUCUCGGGCUGUAUCGCACUCGCUCUCGUCUCCGCAGCCGGAUAUACGCUCGGCUGGGAGCCGAAAUUCAAAGCACAGCAGAUUCCAGUCCAGACGCAGGGUCUCUCCCAGAAAUGGGGAUGGAUGAAGGUACCGUUGGUGAACUGGCGGGUGGCACGGAGUAAACGCUUCGUCGCCCAUGCCCUUGGGUGUUUCCUGCAGUCUGCGGGCUACUCCACACCACUGUUCUUCUAUGUCGCCUAUGCGCGAGCACUUGGCUACAGCAAUACGACGGCGGCGAACUUUCUGACCGUCAACAACGCCGCCAACUUCAUCUCGCGAAUUAUCAUCGGCUAUGCGGCGGAUAGAUGGGGUCGUAUCAAUGCCCUCGCCGUGACCACAUUUCUCAGUGCGAUCAUUGUGUUUGCAUUCUGGUUGCCGUCCACGUUUUACCCGCGAGAACUGUCGACUUCGAGUGCUGACGGACUGUUCAUCGUGUUUACAGUGCUGUAUGGCGCAUUCGCGAGCGCGUACAUAUCUCUCUUCCCGGCAUCGCUGAUUGAGCUGUUCGGGGUACAGCACUUCACGAGCGUCAAUGGCGCGCUGUAUCUCAUCCGGGGUAUUGGGGCGUUCGGCACCCCCUUGACUGGCCUGUUGAUCCCCCAGACGACGGCAUUGACAGCGCCUUGGGUGUACGAACGGGCCGUCAUCACCGUGGGAGUGUUGCUUUUUGCUGCGACCGUGGCGUGUUUCUGGGUUCGCAUUGAGGCUACUCUUGGACAGACUUGGAGGUGGAAGGUUUAG